UAGGAACUAGCAAUAUGCCGAAAUUAAGGCAAUACAAGUCGAAACUUGAAUACGCUCUCAGAGACAUACAGAACUGGCACAGAAUCUUACCGAACAGCCAAAAAAAGUACGGAAUUCCGAAAUCCACUUUAGAAUUUAAAAUGAAACAUCUCGGUCAUAAAGAAUAAGCUUGGGUCCAUCGCCAAUUUUAACAAGUGAAGAAGAGGCUUUGUUAGUUAGUUGGAUAAAAGAUAAUGCUGCAAAG